CGUUUAUGGAGUCGCUUUGUUUUCAUUCUUUAUGAUACUUAACAAGCUGACUUAUACACAACAAAUUUAAAACAACUUUUAAUUUAACUCCGAGCAGCCUGUUGGAGAGCACAACGAGUUUGCUGUGAAUGUGUAACUAACAACCAGUUGACGACUGCUCAAUUGGCUAAAACUAAACUAAUGUAUUUUAAUUACAAAAGUGUUUUCGUAACUUCGUGUUUAUUUUGGCGCCUCACACAAAAUUCAGUGCCAAUCAUUACUUCCGCCUUCUUCUUGGCACUGAUUGGCGCGCGGCAUCGUAGUAUACCUUACAGCCAUUGGCUGCCGAAACAGCACGGAAAGUAACGAGGAGAGACGAUGCUCAUUUGGAAAUGUUUCGGGUAAAAAAAGUAUCAAAUAUAAAAUAAAAUAUUGUCACGUAAAAAUAAAAGUCGACCUUAACAGAAUUACAGGUGCAAGCUAACGAAAUAUUGCUCCUUCUUAAUACGAUACAACACUAAUUAAAAUGAUUAAUUUGUAAUUGUUCGCAUGUGGCAUCAAAUGGGUGUGUGAUUAAUGGUGAGGUAUGAAGACAAAGAUAUCAAUUUAAUAAUAAUAUGCACAAUGAAUUGGAGUGAAAAGAAGCUCAUUUCCUGUCAUUCCUAAUUUUCUCUCCUCCUUCAGCCUCUCAUUUCCUCCCCCUGAGUAAAGUGCCGGCCAGGAGCGCACACACCCUCACGCACACGCACACGGACACGCACCCACACCCACGCUCCACACAGUCAGGACACAACAGCAGGACAGUGAAGAGAGGUGAGAAGCUUUAUUUCAUUUAUCCAUUCAUGUAGUCAUUCAUGUGGUCAUUCAUGUGUUCAUCUACCUGUGGUGACCAACCAUUAGACGAAGCUAAUCCUGGUACAUCUUGGACAUUUUUGUAAAUUGUUUUUUUUUUUUUUUUUUUUUUGCAAGAGAUUGAUGCCAAAGUUGGACACACAUGGAAUUAAUUUAUCUCCACUCAAACAACUCGCAACAACAAGAAAUACUUGAAGAUUGAGCAGUAAAAAAGUGACUUUUCACCUCCUUUUCUUUCUUAUUGAUAAAACAACAACUGUUGGAUGCAACUGAGGGAUAUUUUGAGACAAUUCUUUGGCGGGCUUUGCUGUUAGCGAUGAGCGAGCGUGCUGACAGGGGCCAAAAGUGACUCAAUGAAGAAACACUGAGGAAACCUUGUGUGUCAUCACUCAGCGCCGCCAUGUUUGGAGCAGCAGGCGGGCCGAGGAUGGUGUCGCGCGGCGAGGCUGCUCUGCCGCUGCUGGUCCUGGCGCUGCUCGCUCUGCGGGCGGAAGGUGAGCCACAUAACGUCACGUUGGCUGUCAUCCUGCCGGAGAACAACACGCACUACCCGUGGGCGUGGCCACGCGUGGGGCCCGCCCUGGAGCGGGCGGUCCGUAAGGUCAACGCCGACCCCGCCCUGCUCCCCGGCCUCCGCCUGGACUACGUCUUUAAGAACAGCGAGGACAAGGACGGCAUCUGCUCGGAGGCCAUGGCAGCGCUCAUGGCCGCGAACCUCAAGCUGGCCUACGACCCGUGGGCCUUCAUCGGGCCGGGUUGCUCCUACACUUCCUCCCCCGUGGGCCUCUUCACCACCCACUGGGACGUCCCCAUGGUGACGGCGGGGGCGCCGGCCGUGGCCUUCUACGGUGGCGUGUACCCGUCCAUCACCAACACGGGCCCCACCCACAAGAAGCUGGGCAGGUUCGCCCUGCGCAUCUGCGAGCACUUCGGCUGGCGAGAGCACGUCAUGCUCAUGUUCAGCGACAAGAAAGUGGAUGACCGGCUGUGCUACUUCGCCGUGGAGGGCCUCUUCACCGAGCUGGAGAGCAUCAACAUCACGCUGGUGGACAGCAUCUUCGAGGAGAACAAGCCGCCCGUCAACUACGCCCAGAUCCUCGCCGACAUCCAGAACGAAAGCAGAGUCAUUUUCAUCUGCUGCUCGCCGGACGUCUUCAGGAAGCUGAUGGUUCACUUCCGCCGCGCCGACCUCCCUCACGAGCAAUAUGUCUUCUUCUACAUCGACGUGUUUGGCGAGAGCCUCAGAUCGACGCGCAGGCAGCCCUGGGCGCGCGGCGAUGAGGACGACGCCGUCGCCGAGGAGGCCUUCCAGAGCGUUAAGAUCCUCACGUAUCGAGAGCCGCAGAACUCCGAGUACCAGGACUUUGUCCACAACCUGAAGGUGGACGCCAAGACCAUGUUCAACUACACCAUCGAGGACUCGCUGAUGAACAUCAUCGCUGGAGGCUUCUAUGACGGUCUGAUGCUGUACACGCACGCGCUCAACGAGACCAUGACUGUGCCCACCAUGCGGCCCCCGGGAAAAGUGGUCACCAGGAGGAUGUGGAACAGAACUUUUCAAGGUGUGACUGGGACAUUACAGCUGGAUGAAAAUGGAGACAGAGAGACUGACUUUGCUCUGUGGGACAUGAUAGACACAAACAACAGUGCUUUCCAGAUGGUUCUGGUGUACAACAGUCUGGAGGAGCAGCUGACUGCCAUUCCGGGAACGUCGCUACACUGGCUGGGUGGAGUUUGUCCCCCUGACGUUCCCGUAUGCGGCUUCAAGAACGACAACCCUGUUUGCCUGACCAAAACAAUCACCAUCCACCAGAUGGUCUCCAUUGUGGUCGUCUUUAUUCUCACCAUGAGCCUCACUGUCGCCAUCUUCAUCUACAGGAAGAUGAUGCUGGAGAAGGAGUUGGUGGCUCAGCUCUGGAGGAUUUCCUGGGACGACAUCAACAUGAGCAACCUGGACAAAGUGCUCCGAAGCGGCAGCAGGGUCACAUUGUCUCUGAGGGGCUCGAACUACGGCUCCCUGAUGACGACUGACGGACACGUGCAGGUUUUUGCAAAGACCGGAUACUACAAGGGUAACCUCGUGGCCAUCAAGUACACCAACAGGAAGCGCAUCGAGCUGAACAGGAAGGUCCUAUUUGAACUCAAACAUAUGAGAGACGUUCAGAAUGAACAUUUAACAAGAUUCAUUGGUGCCUGCAUCGACCCUCCAAACACCUGUAUCUUGACUGAAUACUGCCCCAGAGGAAGUCUGCAGGACAUCUUGGAGAACGACAGCAUCACUCUGGACUGGAUGUUCAAAUAUUCUCUCAUCAAUGACAUCAUUAAGGGCAUGGUUUUUCUCCACAACAGCGUCAUCGUCUCCCACGGGAAACUGAAGUCGUCCAACUGUGUGGUGGACAAGCGCUUCGUGCUGAAGAUCACAGACUACGGUCUGAGCAGUCUUCAGGCUGAGAGCCAGUCAGAAAAAGACGCUCAUUCUUACUACGCUCAGAGGCUGUGGAUGGCACCUGAACUUCUCCAGAUGGACUCUCCGCCUCCUCAGGGGACUCAAAAGGGCGACGUCUACAGCUUUGGAAUCAUCCUCCAGGAGGUGGCGCUACGGCGAGGAGCGUUCUACCUGGAGGGCAACCCACUCAGUCCCAAAGAGAUUGUGGACCGCGUGGUGCUGGGUGAAUGGCCGUGUCUCAGACCCACUGUGGACCCUCACAGUCACAGCCCAGAACUGGGUCAGCUGAUGCAGCGCUGCUGGGCUGAGGAGCCCACCGAGAGGCCCGAAUUCAACCACGUCCGAAUAAUUCUACGCAAGCACAACAAGGAGUCCAGGACCAACAUCCUGGACAACCUGUUGUCCCGGAUGGAACAAUAUGCCAACAACUUGGAAGAGCUGGUGGAGGAACGAACACAAGCUUAUCAUGAGGAGAAACGCAAAGCCGAAGCUCUCCUCUACCAGAUUCUACCACACUCGGUGGCGGAGCAGUUAAAACGAGGCGAGACAGUCCAGGCCGAAUCCUUCGACUCUGUCACCAUCUAUUUCAGCGACAUUGUGGGCUUCACCAGCAUCUCUGCGGAGAGCACGCCCAUGGAGGUGGUGACGCUGCUCAACGACCUGUACACGUGUUUCGACGCCAUCAUAGACAACUUUGAUGUUUACAAGGUGGAGACCAUCGGAGACGCGUACAUGGUGGUCUCGGGGCUGCCGGUGAGGAACGGCAAGCUGCACGGCCGGGAGGUGGCGCGCAUGGCCCUCGCCCUGCUGGACGCCGUCACCAGCUUCAAGAUCCGCCAUCGACCCGACGAGCAGCUUAAACUGAGGAUCGGCGUCCACAGCGGUCCGGUGUGUGCGGGUGUGGUGGGCCUGAAGAUGCCUCGUUACUGUCUGUUUGGUGACACGGUCAACACCUCGUCCAGGAUGGAGUCCAGCGGAGAAGCCUUGAAGAUCCACGUGUCGGCCGCCACCUGCGACGUCCUGCAGGAGUUCGGCUGCUUCCAGCUGGAGCUGAGAGGCGACGUGCAGGUCAAAGGCAAAGGGAAGAUGACCACCUAUUGGCUGCUGGGCGAGAGCAGCAGCCAAUGAAUGGAAGAGGGCGGGACCAUGCCGUCAUCACAAACAUGAACGUUUGCCUCCCCCCCUCCGCCCCCAUCCAAUCAGAGCGCGCCGUCUUCCCAAUGAGAACAGUGAGCAGCUUUGUCCACUAGAUGGGGGUGUUGUCACGUCUGCAGCAGCAACGCCCUGCCAGGUUCUAAGGUCAAACAAACAACGACGUCAUCUCAACCACACACUUUUGGGUACACCAUGUACUCCGAAUGUUGUAGUACUGUCCCAAAUACACGACUGUUGUACACGCAUCCAUCACGAUAUUUACCUUCUUCUGUCCACCACUGUACUUUCCAUCGCUAUGACAGACCACCUCAAAAACGGAUUAGAAGUUUUCCCAAAUUAAAACUAUGAACGUUAAAACACUGAAUAUUAACAUAUGAACGUCGCUCCUCUUCUACUUCUCAGACCACCUCCUCGAUGACCCACGUUAAAAUACAGCAGCGUAGCAGGCCUAAGUAUUCAUUAAAAACAGGGCAGAGGUUUUAUUUAACAGGUAUAUGUAAUAUGUCUGGCCUCUGUAACAUUACUCACAGUUUGAACAGUCACACUGUGUUUGAAUAUAGGGAAAUAAAACACUGUACUUUAUACAAGUGAUUAUUUGGCGUACCAAUAGAUCAGGGGUGUCAAACUCAUUUUAGAUCGGGGGCCACAUGGAGAAAAGACUACUCCCAAGUGGGCCGGACUGGUAAAAUCACGGCACGAUGACUUAAAAAUAAAGACAACUUCAGAAUGCUUUCUUUGUUUAAACAUAGAACAAGCACAUUCUGAAAAUGUAGAAAUCAUAAUAUUAUUGGGGGUUUUUUACACUUACAUGUUGCAGUUAAUAGUAUUCUACCUUUAUUUGUCGUUAUUUAUACUUACUGAAUAAAUUAGGUGAUAAUGUUCAUCAGUCAACUCAUUAGUGUUAAUUUUCAAUCUAUCAAGAUAAAAAAAUAUAAAAAUCAAAUUAAAGGAUGUUAUUUAUGUAGUUUGCUAAUUUUCCUCAACUGGUGUACAAACGUGGUUUAUUUUUUUUAACAUAUUAAGCAUCAUCUACAAAGAAUUGCGACAUCUAGUGGACACAUUUAAAACAGCAGUUUCUUUCAUUGAAAAAUGUUGGUUCAUUUUUAUACUUAGCAGACUCAUCCCGCUGUUUGUGGGCCUGAUCUGGCCCACGGGCCGUACGUUUGACACCCCUGCACUAGCUGGAGCCAACGUUUGUGUUGUAGGUUAUUUGUAGACACUACAUUCAGAGUUGAGCAUAAAUAAGGUGACACAUUCAGUGCAGAUUAAAGCCAUUUAUAUCGUUUGCUGAUUCCACACUUGAAAUGCACUACUUUUUACAUAUUACCACACAUAUGAAGUAUAUUUGCACAAAGAUACCAGCCUGAAUUGUACUCCGUAUCGGAUGGGAAACAAAAUCCGCGGUAUCGCGCAUCACCAAUCGCCAAAUGUUGCCCCUCAGCUGCCAGUAUUUCAAAUUAGUCCCUCCGCCAUGUAGCCAAGAUGGCGACAAUUGAGAGCGCACUUGUGAUGUGUGGAUCGAUACUGAAAUAUCGACAGCCGAUACCAGCUCUAAUAUCGAGUCUCAAUUUAAAAUACCGAUACUUUAAGUUCAGGGGUGUCCAAACUUUUUCCAUCAAGGGCCACAUACUGGAAUGUCAAAGUAUGCGGGGGCCAUGUUGAUUUUUUUUUUAAAUUGAAAACAUUGCCAAAACAGAUAAUAUAAUAAUAUAAAGAUAGAACUUAAUAUUAUAGUUAUAUUAUUAUUAAGUUAAAACAUUUAAACUUUUUCUCAUUAAAUCCCGAUUUUUUCUUCUUCUUACAUUUUCUGCUGUUUUUUCCUCUGUAAGAAUAAUAAUACGAUUGUGUAACUGCAUAACCUAGUGCCUGUAUGAAACUAUUCAUGUUCAAUUACUCAUUUAACAGUGUUAAUUAUUGUCAUUUUUCAAAUUAAUUAAUUCGUAAGAUAUAUAUUUUUAAAUUAUCCAACUAAACUUUGUUUAUAUUUUAAGUGCAUUUUUUUUUAUUUUGAGAGCUUCUGAUAUUUUAGAUCAGGGGUGUCCCAACUUUUUCCACCAAGGGCCAAAUCCUGCAAAGUCAAGUAGGGGGCGGACCAUUUUGAUAUUUUUUUUAUUUAAAAAAAUGCUAUAAACAACAACAAAAACCAAUAAAAAUGUAAGCAAAAAGAGCAAAAAAAUCGUAAUGUAAUUAGAAAAAUUGUUGUUUUUUUUAACUAGUAAUAAUAUACUUAGUCACCUAACACAACGUUUAAAUAUGUAUAUCAUUAGUACUGGUUUAAAAAAAAAAAAAAAAAUUGUCAAUAUUUUCCGAUUUUUUUUGCUCUUUUUUCUUACAUUUUUAUUGUUUUUUUUCUUUUCUUUUUUUGAUAGAGAGGUUAUUAUUUGCAAACACAACUUUGAGUUUUUGCAGACCCAUUAGCUAUAUUUGCACAAAGUAUCGGACCGGUAUCGUCGAUACCAGCCUGAAUUUUAGUCGCAUUUGAAAGAAAAUCAGCAGUAUCGCAUAUCAUU